AUGGCCUUUGCUUUCUCCACCACAAACGCCAGGCCACUACCUAGCCCACCACCACCGCCCAAGAGUGCCAGUGUUUUUUAUAACCCACCACCACCAUCGCAAAUGAGUACUGGUUUGUCCUUUGAAACAUUGUAUUCUGGACCCUCUAGAGGCCCACCACAUUAUGAGAUACCACCUCCACCUUCGUUUCAAACAUCCCAAAUCAUCAACAGAAUCCCCAUUUAUCAUCUCUAUAGCCCCCCACCACCACCUCCCAAGAGUGUCGGUGCUUUUUCUAGCCCACCACCACCAUCGCAGAUAAUUACUGAUUCGUCCUUCGAAACGUUGCGUUCUGGACCAUCUAGAGGCCCACCACACUAUGAGAUACCACCUCCACCUCCAUCUCAAACAUCCCAAAUCAUCAACGGAAUCCCUAUUUAUCAUCUCUAUAGCCCCCCACCACCACCACCUGUCAAGAGUGCCAAUGUUUUAUCUAGCCCAUCGCCACCAUCGGAAAUAAGUGGUUCGUCCUUCGGAACGUUGUAUUUUGCAUCUUCUAGAUAUCCACCAGAUUAUAAGAUACCACCUCUGCAACCAUGA